GUUUUUGAGAGUUGAAAAAUUGAGAGGGAUACUGUUUUUCUUUUUUCUUUUUUCUUUUUUUCUUUUUCGGUUCCAGUACUUAAAAGAGUACGAACUAAAAGCAGUCUCUUUUUUGUGUAUCAUCUCUCUCUGCAAUCAAUUAUCGUCAAAAUGGCGUCUAUGGCCACUUAUGCUUCAACUCCAAAGCUUGGAAACUGCUGCUCUCUCACUUUCCACAAAAACCCUACUUUUUCUUCUAUCUCUUUCUGUAAAAUAAACUCAUUUGCAAAUCACAUUGGACCUCUGAUUGUGUCACGGCCUGAUAGGACUGGGAAAGUGUCGUUGUCUCUACGUCUGACUGGUCUAUUUGGGGGUAAAAAGGAGAAUAAUGAUAAGAGCGAGGAGAAACAGUCAAAGGCAGGAUUAAUGGGUAAUAUGCAAAAUCUGUAUGAAACUGUGAAGAAAGCACAAAUGGUAGUCCAAGUUGAGGCUGUACGUGUGCAGAAAGAACUUGCUGUAGCUGAGUUCGAUGGCUAUUGCCAAGAUGAACUAAUUAAGGCAACACUUUCAGGUAACCAGCAACCUGUGAGAAUUGAGAUAACUGAGGCUGCAAUUGAACUAGGAGCUGAAAAACUGUCUCUUCUGGUUACGGAGGCCUACAAGGAUGCACACCAGAAGAGUGUCAAGGCUAUGAAGGAAAGAAUGAGCAAUCUUGCCCAAAGUCUGGGACUGCCACCAAAUCUCAACGAGGAAUUGAAGUGACGUUUGACAGUGUAGUGGAUUUCUUCAAUUUUGAAUUUGGACAUUGCAGAAAAUAUCCAUUCAUAACCGUGCAGGGCCAUAGUUACUUAGUAAACUUUUCUGUUGAAAUGUUGAAGGAUACUGUUUAUAAGGAUACAUUUUUUAAAUAUGGGAAGAUAAUCUUUUGUUUCAGAA